AUGGGGGACGAAGCUUCGACCCCGGUCGAGCGUAUGGAAGGCAACGUGGACGAGGUGCAGGAGGCGCGCGAGCAGCAGGCGGCGGCGUGUCUGCAGCGCAUGUUUCGCUGUCGGAAGGCGCGACUGCGGCUGCGGCAGAUGCUGGCGUCCGUGUUCGAGAAGUUCUACGACGCCGACUCGGGGCUCUACUACUACCUGGACAAGCGCACGGGCGAGACGACGUGGGAGAAGCCCCGGGUGCUGCGUGGCGACGACGACAUCGAGUUGACGGCGGUGUACGACGGGAAGGAGGAGGCGACGUCCGAGGCUGAGCCGACGAAUUCCCUGCAGGUGGUUGAUCUGGACAAGGAGGAGAAUCACGAGACCGACGAGGAAGAAGAGGAGGAGGCUGAAGAAGGAGAAGAAAACGCCCAAGAAGAGAAGUAUCUGGGCUACUCGGCGCAGGAUCUGGAGCUGGCGCGGGAGCAGUUCGCGCACUACGACACGGAUUCCAGCGGGUCCAUCAACGCCAAUGAGCUGCACAAGCUCUUCACGAACCUCGGCGAGCAGCUUACGUUGAACAACGUGCGUGAACUCAUCAAGGCUAUCGACACGGACGGCAACGGCGAGGUGGACUUCGACGAGUUCCUGCAUCUGCUACGCAAGCAGCAGGACAAGAACCAGUACUCUGCAUCUCUGACGCUGGCGUUGAUGUUCGGACCCAAGGAACUGACCAAGCUCAAGCAGCAGUUCAUGAUCCUGGACAUUGACGGCAGCGGCGCUAUCGACGAGAGCGAGUUGCAGCAGCUGGUGAAGAAGCUGGGGCGUCGCGCGGACGAGUUCGACCUUCCCGCCAUGAUGCGCGAGGUGGACGCGGACGGUAGCGGCUCAAUCGGCUUCAACGAGUUUCUGCAGAUCGUGGCGACCAUGACCAAGGACGACGGACCAAAGUCGGCGUUCGCGGCGCUGCUGAACCUCGGUAUCGCCCAGGGGCUGCUCAACGGACUGGACGAGGUCGUGCAGGCUUCGCGUGAGAAGAUCUUCGAGUGGCUCAACUCCGACCUCAUCGCCGAGCAGAAGAGGUUGGCACUCAAGCGGGAGCGUCGUCGACGCCAAGAAGAAGAGCGACAGCGUCAGCUGGCGAAAGACCGAGAGAUGUACGCAAAGCACCAGGCAGAACUCGCUGCGCUUGAGCGCGCGCGCCACGCGCAGAUUGAAGGCUUGAUGAUCGACGUCGAGUUCGAAGGGGACGGCCGCAACUUCCCGAUCCCGGGGCAAUUCGCGCGCGUGCACUACGUCGCGAGCUUUGAGCGCACUGGAGAAGUCUUCGAGUCGACUAGAGCGCGGUGUGGUAGUGCACUCGAGUUUUGCGUGGGCGCUGGGCAUACGAUCGCAGGUUUCGACUUGGCGUUGCAGCACAUGAGCGUGGGCGAGACAGCGCGAGUUGUCAUUGCCCCUGCGCUGGCCUACGGCGUGAAAGGCCGACCCCCACGUAUCCCACCGAAUGCUGCCCUGGUGUUCCGCAUAGAGCUCAUCAGUAUCAAGGAGAAGCUCCAGUCGUCGGUUGGCGGUGCCGCUGUGACGCCCGUGCAGCGACUACGGAAUCGGUAG